AUUAAAGUUGUCAUAAGACACAGGCAGAUAAAGAAAAGAACCAAGGCACCUUGCCAAAAGCCUCAAAGGGGUUCUUCUUGUUUCCUUCUUUUUAAAUUUUGAAUCUAAGUUGAAACGAAGAAGGUCCUCGUUAUACGUGCAUGUGUAACACUACUUCAAAUCUUAAUAUAAAGCAUAGUUUCUAUUUCAUAUGCUAAAUAUCCAUUAUUCUUCCAACGGUCGAAAAAGGCCCAAACUUUGAAUCAUCAGUCAUCACUCUCACUCCCUCUCUCUCUCUCUCUAUAGUUCUGAAGCUUUCUUUCUCAUUAUCAUCAUCAUCAAUGGUGGCUGGUAAGGUCCGCGUAGCCAUGGGUUUUCAUAAAUCUCCUUCAACCAAACCAAAAGACAUCACUUCUCCUCCUCCACUUCCUCUCCCCCCUCAGCCUCCUCCGCUCCUUAAACCGACUUCCGGUUCUGCUACUAAACCGUCGAAUCCCGUUUCUAAUCAGAAACCCGGUUUCGCUCGCUCCUUCGGCGUCUACUUCCCACGCGCCUCAGCUCAAGUACACAAUGCUUCCUCCCGCUCCGACCAAAACGCACUCGUCUCGGACCUUCGCCGUCAGGUGGAGGACCUCCGCGAGAGAGAAGCUCGCCUGAAGACGGAGGUCCUCGAGCUCAAGCUGCUCAGGGAAUCCGUCUCCGUCGUCCCGCUGCUCGAGUCGCAGAUCGCGGAGAAGGACGGCGAAAUCGAGGACUCGAGGACGGAGACGGCGAGAUUAGCGGAGGAGAACGGGAGGUUAAGGCGCGAAAUCGAGAGGAGCGAGAAGGAGACGGCGGAGCUGAGGAAACUCGUCUCGUCGCUGAGGGAGAGUGACGAACACGCGCUCUCGGUCUCUCAGAGGUUUCAGGGUUUAGUGGACGCGUCGGCGAAAUCGAGUCUGAUCAGGAGCUUGAAACGGGUCGGGUCGAUGAGAAAUAUACCCGACCCACCCGACCCGGUUCGGAACCGAGAGGACGUCAAGGCCGUUACGUCCGUUGACAUUGACAGGAAAGACGAGAUCGAGGAACUCAACGUGGCAUCGCUCUCAACCGUCAGAUCUAGGGUUCCCAGAGUCCCUAAACCACCGCCUCAACGGUCAUUUUCAUCCGGAGAUUCCACGGCGAACAGAGCCGAUCCUCCGCCACGGAGAACGAAUCCACCUCCUCCUCCGCCUCCACCACCACAUCCUCCGUGCGUUUCCAAAUCUCCGCUUCCACCUCCACCGUCACAUCCUCCGUCCGUUUCCAAACCUCCGCCUCCACCGCCGCCGCCGCCGAAGAGUUUAAAGAUCGCGUCGGAGAAAGUGACAAGAGUACCGGAAGUUGUCGAGUUUUACCACUCGUUGAUGAGAAGAGACUCCACAAACUCGAGGAGAGAUUCCACCGCCGCAGAGGCAGUACUCGCUAGCUCAAACGCUAGAGACAUGAUCGGAGAAAUCGAAAACCGAUCGGUUUAUCUACUCGCGAUAAAAACCGACGUGGAAACGCAAGGAGACUUCAUAAGGUUCCUGAUCAAGGAAGUCGAAAACGCAGCGUUUUCGGACAUAGAAGACGUGGUGCCUUUCGUGAAAUGGCUCGACGACGAACUCUCUUACCUGGUCGACGAGAGAGCAGUGUUGAAACACUUCGAGUGGCCGGAGCAAAAGGCAGACGCUUUGCGUGAAGCAGCGUUUUGUUACUUCGAUCUGAAGAAACUCGUAUCGGAAGCUUCUCGUUUCCGGGAAGACCCUCGCCAGCCUUCUUGCUCUGCUCUCAAGAAAAUGCAAGCUCUUUUCGAAAAGUUAGAGCAUGGUGUUUAUAGUCUGUCGAGGAUGAAGGAAUCAUCGGCGACAAAGUUCAAGACUUUCCAGAUUCCGGUUGAUUGGAUGCUCGAAACCGGCGUUACUAGUCAGAUUAAAUUGGCGUCAGUGAAACUAGCAAUGAAGUAUAUGAAGAGGGUAUCUGCAGAGCUGGAAGCCAUUGGAGGCGGUGGCCCUGAAGAGGAAGAGCUUAUAGUUCAAGGUGUCAAAUUUGCAUUCCGUGUUCACCAGUUCGCAGGAGGAUUUGAUGCAGAGACAAUGAGGGCAUUUCAAGAGCUAAGGGAUAAAGCGAGAUCAUGUCAUAUUCAAUGUCAAAGCCAAACUCAUCAACAUAUAAGCUCAUGUUGAAGCAAUCUUAGCUUCAUAUAUAUAUAUAUAUAUAUAUAUCCACAUCAUUGGUAUUUUUCGUCAUUUUCUCUCUUAAAUUUGUUUUUUUUCCUUUCUUUAAAGACAGAUAAAUCAUGUGAAUAUACGGAAACUCUUCUUGCUACAAA